AUGAAUAGUGAUAAGCAAUUAAGAAUGACUUUAUGCGCUUUGUAAAUAAAAUUCGGUAUUAGUAAUUACUUGACAGUAUUUUGCUUUUGGAAUAUUAUUAGUUUUACAGGAAACAACAGUAAGUAUAAUACAUUGUAAAUGGUGAUAAAGUUGAAGAAUUAUUUGAUAUAGGAAGUUAAGUUCAUACAGACUUAGAAGAAAGAGGAGGAAAUUUAAUCAUAAGAAAGUUUGAGAUAAGCACCUAUGAUAUUUCUUAUUUGUCAUGUUUAUUAGGUUAGUUUAAAGCUCAAUUUAAACUCAGGUUUAUUGCUUUGA